AUCAUUCGCUCACUAGCGUUUCGUUCCAAACCAACUCAGAAAGCACACACGCUUUUUUCGAGUCUUCUUCGAGUCUCGAAUCAGCUUACGUAUACAUAAAAUACACACGCUUUUUCAAAAAAAGAAAGAAGAAGAAGAGUUCGAGUUUUGCCGCGAGUUCCAGUGAACAUCGGAUCGUGGAAAGGAGAGAGAAAGAGAGAGAGAGAGAAAGGGAAAGAGAAAGAUCGUAUUUAAAACCGGUUCAACCGAGUGUCUUCCUCGCACGAGACAAGGAGCAGAGCAAAGAUGGCCGCCGCCACUAUGAGCCACGUGUUCGAUUACGAGAACGAGCUGAACGAUAAUCUGUACAAUCUGAAGAUGUCGGGCAAAGGUGCCACGACCCCGAAACGGGUGAGGAGCGUGUUGAGACCGAUUCUGAGGCUGUUGAAGAAGAGGACGAGCAGAGGGAAGGUCGGAGGGAAGGGACAGAAGGCGAUGCCGCAGGUUGAGAUCUUCACCGAGGAGGUUGACAAUCAGAACAAUGCCAACGAGGCGUUGGAGAGGAGAUUGUUGGCCGAGCUUCAAGAUGCCGAGGAGGGGGCCGCUAUCACUGUCUGCUUGGACGGCCAGAUGACAGUUGUACCCGUUGUUCCUGGCCAGUGCUACGUGCCCGUACAUUUCGCGCACACCCACGCAGGGGACUUCUACUGGACGACCCUGAGCAUGACCGACAGUGAUCUGUGCUACAAGGAGCGCGCCUUCUCGCAGCAUCAGACACCUGAGAUGCAGGUUGCGUGAAGAGGAGGACGAGAUCAUCUCUGGUGUACACCUCACAUCUACCUCAAUGAUGGAGAAAAAUAAAAUCUCGAUCUUGUCGAAGAUCGAUUUUGACGACGAAGAAGAAGAAUUCCUCCUUGUGCCUCGCCGAAUAUGAAGAUUCAACGAGGAAUAGAGGGAACUUUGGGUGAUAUCUUGGGAGAAGAAGGUGGAGAAGAAGCAUGAAAGGGGUUCCCUCGAAGGGGUUCGUUCUAUCAGAGACUGCGACUUUAGAUAAGAUAAUAUCGAAACUGUGAUAAAUAGAUUGUUAGUUUUCCAACUGAUCUUUCACUGAGAAAAUUGAGGAAUUGCGCUCUCUUUGAUUCGAUGAUCAGUUGGAGAGAUUAUUCUAUUUUUUUGAGCCUUUGUUUUUUUUUUUCUGAACGAUUACCGCGACAAUAUAGAAAGUUGAUCGCAAUUGUGAUAUUUGUACCUACUUUAGAUUAAUUGUAAUGUAUACUUUGUGAUAUUGGCUUUAACACCGUCGUAUUGACGAAACUUCCUACUACUGUCUUCCAAUUGAUUAAGAAUAUAAUAAUAAAUAUAAUUGUAAACGUAUAA